UAUGAGCUUUCGUCCCAGCCCCACCUGACAGAUUGUGGUUAGCGAUGCUGUUUUAAUCAUGUCAUAAAGCAUCCAUGAUAGUCAGUGGCUGUCUCAAACAAGGAACAUAUUCCAAGCCUUCAGAUCAGACCAAUCAUCCUCAAAAGAUCUAAAGCUGGCGCAAAACAAAAGGCAUAAAAGCUACUUGACUAUGGCGUGGAAUGCAUGGAAGCACUAAGAAAAGGAACAUGUCUAGCUUUUGUUAGUAUUAUUUUCGUCUUCAGGGCAUCCUUUAGUAAAAAUGAAUUAUGUUAGCCGUUAUAAGCUUGACAUGUCGGACCAAGGAAAGCAGUGAUAUAGAGGACUGAUGACCAAAGCAAGCACAAGGAGAAAAACCGGAGGUAGAAUUGUGGAAAGAAAACUGGUGGAAACGCUCCCUUCACUUGGCACGUCCGCUCAGUAUAUAGCACCCGCAUGCAGGAGGAAGCAUAUUCCCAGUGGGCAGCCGGAUUACACAGUCGUUGAUCACCCACGCACUCACCUGGAGCUAGCUCUCCACCUUGCUGGCCAUGGCAGGAGGGAAUCCAACCCUAAACUGCUCCGCCAGCGCAAUCCAUGAAUGCUCCUCUCAGAUGGUCUGCCCCGUCAAUGCCAGGACAACCUUCGGCAACAGCAUGAGAGGGCAGAUAUGGCGAGUCAACGCGCUGGUACUAACUGAAGCUAUCCUGGCUGGAGUCAUAGUUGGGAUGGGCGCCUACGGCCAGCGGUACCGCCACCACCCCAUCACCCGCUUCAUCUUCCUCGGAGCCACCACACUGUUCUUGCCCAUCCUCUCCUCUGUCAUCUCCACUGUUGGCAUCUUCCCUACUUACACCUUGAUGCCAAAUCAUGGUGGACUUUUUCUGUUGGAGCAUCCACUGUCUGCGUUGGUCGCGAGAUGCAAUGCGACCAAUCACUCCACCGUUCUCAUAUUUUGGGCAUUCAUUGUUCAGAUCGUCAUGAUCAAUACUAGCACAUUAGUUGCUGUGGAUGACAGAGAAGGUCAAAGCAAAGGUCCCCCUUUCGAACUACUUGUGCAGGGGGUCUGGACCCUUUACCUGGGUCUCAGCGGCUUCAGUACAAUCUUGAAGAAGUACUUUGGUGAUAUUAUUAUCUCUAUUACCAUUGACUUCUUCAUACCUUUUGCUCUUCUCUGCUCCAAAAUAGUGCUCAAAUAUUAUGCAUUCCAAAAGGCACGCCGCUCCUUUGCACUUGGACGCAACCCAGGACUUGUUUUUGUCCACAUGCAGAAGCUACAAGCACACGAAUCGAACCAACAUGUGGAAGCACCGAUAGGUGAGGAAGCACCUCCUCCUCCACUCCUGGUUAUGAGAGAAGAGGGAAAAGAAGUGGAGAUGCAGCCUCGUGGGUAUUCAAUCAAGGAUGAUGAUUCAAGGACAACAUGGAUCCACAAGAUUGGCUUGGUGACCAUUGACAAAGUUUGGCAAUUGGAUAGCAACGUACCGUUCGCAACGCCAAAACUCAAAGAUCUAUGCUUGUCUUUUGCAUUGUUCAAGUUGCUGCGGUGUCGAUUUGCAAGAUACAAGCUCACUAGCUCUAUGGGGACCCUCACCUUUUUCCGGAGCUUGUUCCUAAAGGUUGGGGAACAUGACAGGGUAUUUGGGUUGAUUGUAGAUGAGCUCUCUUUUGUUCAUGAUUACUAUUACUCAUCCCUUCCAAUAUCAUAUUCAAACUGUUCAAUUCCCAUCGUGAGUAUCUUUCUCUCUCUCCUGACCAUAGGCUACUGCACCUUCUCUAUAUGGAAAGUCAUGUACGCUCUGUUCUCAUCAUUUCUGUUCUCAUCAUUUCGAGAGCUCACCAGUUCCUUUUCGGUGCCAUUGCUUCACUGUGAGGUAUGGUGUAUUGAUCAAGGCUUGGUUAGUAAUGUGUCGUCUACACAUCUAGGAAGGUAUUACCUUGACUUGGUGCCACUACUUUUGGUUCUUGUGUUAGCGGUGGCAGCAGAGAUCAAGGACAUGGCUUCCUACAUUUGCUCCAACUGGACCAAAGUAACCCUUAUCUGCCGCCAUGUAAACCGCGCCUCUUCUCCACAACAUUCUUCCCCGGGCAAGAAGAAAUGGGUCAACCUUCUAUUGCGAUGUAGAUGCAAGUUGAUGAAGCACUGGGACGGAAAAAUGAGCCAGUGCUCAGUACUGGUACUUCAGUCGAGACGAACAAGCCCACUAGUUCUUGUGAGGCGUCUUCUUCCUUUGCCAGAUCACAGGAAAAAGGUCAAGGUGACAGCGGCUGUGAAGGUUUGCAUCAUCAAUGCACUAAGAAGUAUCAUCAAUGGAAGCUUGAGCAAUGGUGUGGAAUCUCUGCGACGAAGCCAAGUUGGUGAAAGCUUCAUCUGGGCCUGCGAUGGCAAAGGUACAUCUGAUACAAUACUUGUAUGGCAUAUUGCCACAUGCAUCCUUGAGGUGAAGCACCCGUAUCCGUAUGGACAUGAUAAAAGGCAAGGUUCUUCACCAAACCUCGAUUCUGAUCAUAAGAUUGUUGCCAUUCACCUGUCACGGUACUGCGCAUACCUGGUGACCUGGUGUCCGGAGCUACUUCCCGACAACAAUGCAUGGAGCAAGAGCCUACAUGAGGCUGUCAAGAAGGAUGCAGAGUGUGCCGUCGCCGGCCACGCCUCAGGAAGGUCGUCGACGCCAGAAGACGACUAUCAGAAACUGGUCGAAUUGCUGAGUGCGAACGCGAAGCAUGAGGUGCUCAAAAAUGGCGUGGAGCUCGGAAAGCAGCUGGUGGAGACGAUCAACGACAAGGAAACAACGUGGAAGUUGCUGGCUGACUUCUGGUCCGAGAUGGUCCUGUAUGUCGCGCCAUCAGAGAAUCUGAAAGGGCACUCAGAGGCCAUAGCCAGGGGUGGCGAGCUGAUAACGCUGCUUUGGGCGUUGCUCUUCCAUGCCGGGAUCGUCAGCAGGCCAGGCGAGGACGACGGCGCCACUGCUGCCUCCGGUGUUGAGGUUUGAUGGAGUCCUCCAGCUAGCGGUUGGCCUUGUUCUCCUGUGCCAUCUUAAUUUGUUUUUGCUUUGGGUUAUUUAUUCGAUAGAGGUGCAUUGCGAUGUGUGCUAUUGUUUAGACAUGUGUCCAAUUGAGUGAGACGUCACUCACCUUCAAUUUCU